AUGGAAUUCGAUACCACUGCGAGACAUGUGAGCCGAGCUUCGGCUUAUGCAAAGAUUGCAUCAACAAGACUCGCUGUUAAUAAAAGUUUACUCGCACGGAGAUUUAUAGCAGUCUUAAAAGCGACUUCUGAUGCACGCGAUCCGUUAACUGGCUGGACGAGGAAAGAUGCUGAGAUGAUUCUUCAGGAGACAAAGCAAUUUCAGCAAACCUACGAGACCAAUAUGGAAACACUCAAUCAACUUAAGAGGCAACAAAGUCAAAUGCAAAUGGGUCAAUCCAUGAGGACCCAUCCACUUUUUGGAAAGAAAACACUUUUGAUGAAAAACAAUUAG